AUGUCCUCGUCCCCGCCGUCUGCGCAGACCGACCACAGCGGCCAUGCACUUGCACCACACCACGAGUCGUCUGUGAACAACAAAGGACCCAUUCAUCUUCCAUCACACCCGCAGCCAUACCCGCAUCAACACCCGCAGCAUUGGCCGACCGACCACCACGGCGCUCGUCCCGGCUUGCCAAACGCCCAGCACUCGUCGCGAGGCCCACCCGUACCUCAGUCCAGCAACGACACCAGGACCCAGCUCUUUGUCUCCAACUUGCCCUUCAAGGUCAGGUGGCAGGAUCUCAAGGACUUGUGUCGCAAGGUCGGAACCGUCUUGAGGGCCGACGUUGCCUUGUCCCCGACGGAUGGGUAGGUCCUCUCCUCGCACUCCUUACAAGAGCCGCUUCCUUCGAUUGAUGAGUCAUACUCAUCUCACCCCACAGACGAAGUAGAGGGUUCGGUGUAGUACUCUUUGCCCGGAACGAGGAUGCCCUCAAGGCGAUCGAGGUCUACCACGGCUACACCUGGCAGACCCGGGUGCUCGACGUGCGAGUCGACACCGUCGAUCCUCGAGGCGAAAUCGCCCUCGCCGAAGCGAACCGACAGAACGCCUUGCAACAACAAGCUUCGCAUUACCAGAUGGUGCAGCAACAGCAGCAGCAGGCUGCGGCGCAAAUGGGGGGCUACGGGUGGCCGUACGCCGGUGCGCCGAUGCCGUACGGUGCCCCACCUCCCCCACCCAUCAUGAUGCCCUACAACUCGUACCCUAACGCACCACCCCAAAGCGGCCACCCACCGUCGAAUGCAUCGAACGCUGGUUCCAGCUCAUCGAUCGGAUCGCCAGCACCCUCGAGUGUUACGUCCACCACCACCGCUCCUUCGAGCGUGGAAGUGAUCGGCUCAUCACCCGAACUGAGAGGAGGCGCCCGAACGCCUCGGCCCUCCACGACUGCAAUCCCAGGAGCCGCGAACGGCCGCUUGGACUGGAGCGAUGUGCGGCCGGACAUCAGUGGUCGCAAUGACAGUGGGCAGGGUCGGGGCGGGCAUCCGAAUGGAUCGGCGAACGGUCGGGAUCGGCCCAAUCAGCAGUUCAAAGGACCGGUACCCUACAACGGGCAACACGCCCCACCUCCGCCGCCAAUGCCUUCAAUGAUGAUGAUGAUGAUGCCCGUGGCAGGUCAUAUGCCACCACCAUAUGUGAGCAGAAAGGACAGCAUUCGUCGGCGUGUGCACGUGAGCUGCACUGACGCGCUGAAAGUCUUCUUGAACGGUCACAGGGUCAACGACCACCUGGGCCGUCACCCUUUAACGGUCGACAAUUGUUCAUCGGAAAUUUGCCGUUCAAUGUUCAAUGGCAAGACUUGAAGGAUCUGAUGCGAGGCGCAGGAGGAUCGAUCUCGCGCGCCGACAUCGCUCAAGGGCCCGAUGGACGGAGUAGGGGGUUCGGUUCGGUCGUGUUUGCGAAUGCGGCCGAUGCGGAGAGGGCGGUGCAGAUGUUCAACGGCUACGAGUUCAACGGUCGGACGCUCAAAGUUCACUUUGAUAAGUACGUCGGCCCAGGCGGUCCCGGAGGUCCGGGUGGUCCUGGGGGUCCGCCGUCGAUGUACGGACCGCCUCCGGUUGGAUGGGCACCCCAACCGGGCCCGCCCGCGCAGUUCGGUGGCCCUAUGGACCAGUCGCGAGGUCACCCGCAGCACCCACAUCCAUACCAGCAACAACCUACGCGCGAGAUGGUCUCGGUCACAUUGCAGGAUCGACAACCUCUGGCGCUACACGAGCUGAGUGAGGAGGUACGCGAGGCCCACAGAGCGGAACUCGAAGGUGCCGAGACAUCCCUGCACCCUUUGGCAGCCUCGGUCAACUCGUCCGUCUCUUCGACAUCCGAACAAGAGCGGCGUGAAGGGAGACAGGGUGGUGGUGGGUUAGAGAUCAACACGGACGUCGUUAGUGGUGUGGGCGCCGGAGGUCGAGCCCCAGUCCCUCGACCGGAACGCAUCACCAUGCCGCCACCUUCGUAUCCCUUCGGUCCCGCAGGUGGGCCACUUUCACCCGGCACACCGUAUUCGCCCAUGGUCGGUCGUCUACCUCCUAUGACCCCUUCGAUGCCGGCGUUCACCUUCGGCGCUUUCCCUCAAACCCCGCCUUUGCACCCAGCCUCCUUCUUCUCGCCCGGGGUUGGACCGUUUUCGCCUCAAAUGGGUUCACCCUUCUUCCCGACCUAUGGGAUCAACGCCGCACCAGGUGCACCCGUUAAUCACAACGACAACCCCAUGCUCCCUCCCGUCAACCACAACACCGACCCGUCUAGCUUCGAAUACCCCAUCGGUUCAACGAUCUCGAACGAUGCCAAAACACCAGAAGCGACUUCGAAUGAGGCGCCCGAAGAUUCGAACAAGACGCCUCCUGCAAAUGGUCAAAUAGCGUCGGGGACCGUGGCCGGAACAGAGCAGAGUUACUUUGCUUCGAAAUUGGCCAUCGCCGAUGAGCCAACGCCCUCGUCGGAUGCCGCGACGUCGGCCACCUCUUCUCUAGACGCGUCCCUGGCCGCUCUUCGAUUGUCAAACGCCGCAAAUCGGAGCUCACCCCCUCCUCAACCGGACGGAUGGGCCUCAGGGCCUUCACCACCCAGUCCACCUCUCGCAACGACGACAGAACAUGCCGACAUGGCCGCUUUGUUACACCCUUCCAAUGCAUUAAGGAGGAAGUCGUUCGUCCCUGGUGUGAGUCAAGGUAAUCAAAGAGGACAGGAAGCGUUCGAUAUUAGGAGGAGGUUCGAAGGGGAUGGAUUUGGUGGAGGUGCAAGUGGAGGGAUGGAAGCGGCGGGGAGGAGGGCGAGCUCGGGGGAGGAGGGGCAGAGGAGACCCAAGUUUGGUCAGAGCAUUUGGGGUUGA